AUGGUAGACUCCAUCCUCAAGUCAGGCAUCGUCAAGACCUCAGACCUCCUGGACCAUGUUCGACUCGGCAACAUCGAGAAGCUGGAGGCGAUCUUCAGCGACCCGGCUGUGCGGCUGAUGGGAGGUCCCAACAUAGUGGACGAGUACGGGGUCAGUCCCAUCCACGUCGCUGCUGCCGACGGGAAUUUCGAGAUAGUCAGAUACCUUGUGCGAGCUGGCGCAGAUCCAGACCUAGCGACGAAGAAGGAGAAGCGAACAGCGUUGCACUAUGCGACUAUGAACAAGAACUUGACUCUUGUCCAAUAUUUGCUAGAGAUCGAGGCCUCGUCGGAUGUACUGGACAUCUAUGGUAAAACUGCUCUGCGGUACGCGGUCAACGAAGACGUCAUGCGCGCAAUGAAGGAGAGGAGCGAUCUGAAUCAGCACAUCAAGAAGAUCGAGAGCUACUUCCCUAAGUUCUACAGCUAUGUCGGAGGAACGAUCACAAGGCCCAAGUUGCAGCACUCGAGGGAAGUUGUGUUUGCCUACAAGCUCUACCGGGAGGAGGUGAAGGACCUCAACUACGAUCAAAACCUCGACGUUCCUCUACCUGUCGUGCCAGGUAUCGAGAGCGUGAGGCAAGCGUUAAAGCAGAUGGCUACUGGAAUAGGGGACACAGAAGGAAUCAUAUCUUUCAUGGGAAACAAGCAUGACAUCGCACAUUCACUCGAGCUGAAGAUGAUUAAAGCCUUCAUCAAGUACACCAUGUACAAGCACAAAGAAAGUUUCCAACUGCUUAUCAACGAUAUCUUCGUCGUCAGCAACUUCCGACGCUCGCACAUCGCAUCGGCCAUCACUAUCUUCUUGAUCAACAGAUGCCUGAAAGAUGACAGAAGAAUAUCCAAGGUCUUCGUUCUGAUCUCUGAGAUGCAAGGAGUGGCUGUGAAGUUCUUCCGUUCCCUGGGCUUCAGCCUCAUGCCCCAAGACGCCAUCCCCAAGAAGCUCCGGCAGUUCGGCAAGGACGUGUGGGGCAUGCAGGACACUAAGAAGAAGUUCGAGAAACUUCGAGCCGUCAUGGAGCAGGGUCUUGCCGUGCACACCGACUGGGUCACGACCUCGGACCUGCGGAAGAAGGAGGAGGAGGCACGCAAGGAAGCAGAGAGCAGGGACAUGGAGGAGUGGACCAAGAAGAUGCACGCCACCUACGAGACUCCGACCCUUCCUCGUCAGAUGCCCCCGCACAAGAGGAGGGCUGGCAGGCCUGCUCUCCCCCUCAACCUCUCCAUCCACCCUCAGGCCGUGCAGAGGAGUCUGUUAGAGCAGGGAAGAGAGAGGAGGGGAGGGAAGCCGCGCGAAGAAGAGUUUGUGUGCGAGAACGACAGGGUCCCGCGGGAGACGUUGGAGUUUUACCAUGACGACAUCUUGCGGGAGAGAGAUCGAUCUCUUGCACUUGAACGGUUGAACAACAAGUAUCAGGGAUAUUCGAAGAUCCUCGCAUGUGAAAGUCACUUGCAGCAAGCAUGGUUGUGGGAGCUCGAGCAUGACGGUGAUCAGCUCCUCCCCAAGGACUGGGUCCAGACACACGACGGGCAGGGCAACGUCCUCUACUGCAACGUGACAACCAACGAGGACCACUCGCCUCCUUCCUCCGACAACAAGUCCCUCGAAGGCUUCAUGGGGUCGGAGAUGCUGCGAAGAAUGGAGAGGAUGGAGGAGCACAAGAAGGAGAUCCUGGCCAGCAGGAAAUUCACAGAGAAAGUGGAGCAUCUUAUCGACGAGGCGCUUGCCCACGGGGCUUCGCUCCAGCAAUUCUGCAGGCGGGUGAAGGGAUCGAACCAGUUCGACGACAAGCAGCUGCGCUACAUCUUCCAGAUGGCGAAGCAGGAGAUCCGGAAAGUUGAUCCCAAGGACGACCCGAUCGAGGAGGAGGAGGAGAAGGAGGAGGCUGCAAGGAGAAAGAUCACCUUCCAGGAGCCGGCAGAGCAGGUCAAGGCAGCAAGGAAGGCAGAGAUCUUGAGCAUCGAGUCUGGGACUUCCGACGAGGACACUCCUGCUCCUCCUGCGCCGCCACCACCCCACUCUGCGAGCGAGAGGCAGGAGGAGGAGGAGCGGCAGUAUCCCUCGCACUCGCGGGUAGAGGAGUGGGUCACGAAUCAAGUCAAGAGGGAGCAUGUGGCGUGGGAGGCCGACGAGGUGCUGAGCGAGGUGCUCCCUCCUCGUAGGAUGCCUCAAAUUCACUCCUCGUCCACCUCCCCGAAGGCCAAGGACGCAGCCCCGCACGCUCCUCUCCUUGCUGCCAACUCCCAGGCGUCGAUGCGCAUGGCGUCUAGAGGAAGGGGGUCUACCAGCAGCUUCAACUUCUCCUUGGAGCGAGUGAGAUCGGGAGGAGGCGCGGGGGUAGAGAUGCUUCAGAUCGUCUCUCCUAAGGACACCACACGCCCUUCAACAGCCUUCAGCGCCGCCAGCACGGUCUGUGCCGAGGACCAUGUUCGAGUCAGAACAGCGAGCGGGAGGAGGCUCAAACCUCGUGCCUUCGGACUCCUUGUGGACUCGAGACCCGUGACGGCUGCUGGGGGGAUGCGACUGGCUCCUGUCUCCCCUCAGAUGGAGGCCGAGCUGAGGCCCAGAACUUCGAUGGUGCUACGGAGAAUCGGGACUUGUUGA